AGAUGGAAGAUCGAAACAUUCUUGCUGCAGACUGCAUUGUGUUGUGCUGCUGCUGCCAGUGCAUGAUGCUGCAGAUCCUCAUCUUCAUACUGCUGAAGCUCCCACACAAGCUGAUGAAGAAGACUAAAGAAUACGCGAAGAAAUUCAGAGCACGGAAGAGAGGAACGAAGAUCAUGCAGAUAGAGAUGCCAAUAAAUGGAGAGGACAGCUUCACAAGUCAGGGUGGAUCCUUGAGAAGAGAGUCCCUUGAGUUUGGGUGCUGCAUGUCUGAAAUCGAGCGCGUUUUGGAUGAUCUUUCGAGCAGGGGUGAGUUUGCUUUCGGAAGUUUUUGGGGUGGAGAAGUUGCUUCAGACACAAGUUUUCCUUGUUGUUUUAACGAUGAUCAGCUUGAUUAUGAAGUUGUUGGUUACCGUCUGAUGGAGUUGUUCGGCGCUGCCAACUUCUCUUCACAACAUUGAUUCCUUUAGAUUCUGUCGAGAUUAAUUUGAUUCCAUUUGGAAAGAAAUCUCCAAAAAUAGUUCUUGCAAGAAAUGCCAAGAUUCCCACAUAUUUUCCUCUAUAUAUAUACAUAUGCAUAAUCUAUCUAUUCCUUUUCCUUUUCUUUCCAUUGAUCACUCGUCCAUAUAUCUGAUUUUAAGAAUAAGGACAGCCCCACAUCAUUAACCAAACCAAAAAACCAACUUACAACAACAGAACACAUCAAUCCUCUCUCUCUCUCUCUCUCUCACCUAUUCUGCCAUUUGAUGGCUUCAUCGCAAUGCGAUCCGGAGCAGCUAAAGCAGCUAAAGGAGAUCUUCGACCGGUUCGACAUGGACAAAGACGGCAGCCUGACGCUGCUGGAGCUGGCGGCCCUCCUCCGCUCCCUCGGCCUCAAGCCAACCGGCGACCAAAUCCACACCAUCUCCGCCUCCAUGGACGCCAACGGCAAUGGCGCCAUAGAGUUUGAUGAAUUGGUGGAGCUCAUGCUGUCCGACAUUAGCGGAGAAGCCGUCCCCAACCAUGAUCAGCUAUUGGAGGUGUUCAAGGCCUUCGACCGCGACGGCAACGGAUUCAUCUCCGCGGCUGAGCUGGCCGGUCAGAUGGCCAAGAUGGGCCACCCCCUCACCUACAACGAGCUCACCGAGAUGAUGCAGGAGGCCGACAUCAACGGCGACGGCGUCAUCAGCUUCCACGAGUUCGCCAACAUCAUGGCUAAAUCGGCUGUAGACAGCCUCAGCCUCCCUGGCUCAUGGUUGGAAUCCUAGUUAGCCAAGAUUAAGGUUUGGUCAAUGUUCUUGAAAUCAAGAUUGGAUUUUUAUGUAAUCAAAGAAAAUUUCUUAGAAUAAAAGAGCAAAUGCCCCAA